GAUUGUGAAGAUGUCCAGUCCCAAUCUGAACAUUGUGACCUUACUGGGCAGUUGUCUGACCUACAGCAGUGCAUACCUCUUUGGGAUUCAAGACGUUUUAGUGGGGAGUUCAAUGGAAACUGUCAUUCAGACAAGACUAUCCAUGUUGUGCAUUGGGACUUCGCUUGUGUUUGGCCCCAUUCUGGGCAAGAGCUGGCGACUCUACAAGGUGUUUACCCAGAGGGUCCCAGACAAGAGAGUGAUUAUCAAAGACCUGCAGUUGCUGGGGCUGGUGGCAGCGCUGGUGAUGGCUGAUGCAAUCCUGCUCACGGCUUGGGUGCUGACUGAUCCCAUCCAGUGCCUCCAGAUCCUUGGUGUCAGUAUGACGGUGACAGGGAGAGAUGUGUCCUGCUCCUUGACCAACACACAAUUCUGUGCUUCCCGGUACUCAGAUGUCUGGAUCGCUCUUGUUUUGGGAUGCAAGGGGCUGCUGCUGCUGUAUGGUGCGUACCUGGCUGGGCUGACUGACCAUGUCAGCUCUCCUCCUGUGAAUCAGUCCUUAACCAUCAUGGUUGGGGUCAACAUCCUGGUACUGAUGGCUGGCCUGCUUUUUGUGGUCACCAGAUACUUGCACUCCUGGCCCAACCUGGUCUUUGGACUCACGUCUGGAGGCAUCUUCGUUUGCACAACCACCAUCAACUGCUUCAUCUUUGUUCCCCAGCUGAAGCAAUGGAAGGCAUUUGAAGAGGAAAACCAAACAAUCAGACGCAUGGCCAAAUAUUUCAGCACUCCCGGCAAAAGCUUCCAUCCCCAGUAUGAGGCACAGAACUGCCAUCUGAGAGAAGAGAAAAGUUCUAUGGAGAGACUCCUCACAGAAAAAAAUGCUGUGAUUGAAAGCCUGCAGGAACAAGUAAACAACGCCAAAGAGAAGCUAGUGAGGCUGAUGUCAGCAGAGUGUGGCUAUGACCUCUCAGUGUCGAAUGUCCCACCUGCCUUGUCCCAGAGCAAGGAUGUCCAGGCUGCAGCAUCUGUCCACAGCCUGGCAGCUCCAGGGCCUUUGCAAUGCCUCUCUGACUCUCAGGGUGAUCCCAGCACAGCUGCCCAGGACUCCCAGCAUCCCUCGGGGCCCUCCUCUCAGUUAUACAACCUUCAGGGAUCUGUGAAGGACACCAGCCCCUCUCCAGGGCAGGAGGAGAAGACAUCUGACUUCAAAGACUUUUCUGAUCAUUUAGACUUGGGCUAUAGCCAGAAGUCACAGGCCAACGAAAGCCAGCAUCCAGAAAGAGGAGGCCAAGUACACAUGGAGCCCAGCGGGAGAUUCAUAGCAGGUAGAGGGGGCUCUGAUCCCCAGAGACAGAAGCAGCUAGAGAACUCACAGGAGUCCCCAGAGCGGCUGCCAAGGGUCAAUUCAGUAAUCAGGGAGAAGCUCCAGGAAGUGUUACAAGAUCUGGGCCUGGGCCCUGAAGCCCUCCUUCCCUCCUCACCUUCCUGUCCUCCCCAGUCCUGGAAGAGUAGUGCUGCCCACAGCCCCCAGAAGGUACCCUUCUCCAAGGAGCUGGGCUUUAGCCCCUACAUUGUGAGGAGAAGGCGGGCCGCUCAGCGGGCUCGCUCACACGUUCCUGGCUCUGCACCCACAUAUAUGGGGCGUCGGGCAAACAGGGUUGUAUCUGGGGCAUGCGGUGGCAUGACUGUACAGAAUGGAAACAGCCCCAGCCCGGACCCCCAAACUGCCGAUUCCAGAGUACCAAGAGCUUCUUCCAGGAAGCCUCCAGGACUCCCAGAUCUAGGUACCCAAGAAGGCAGCAAACAAUGCCAGACAGAGCCCCAGAGGGCGGAGGGGAACGAAGCAGUCUUAACUCACCAGUCUUCUGCUUCUAGCCAGGUGCUGAGUCCCGCUGCCCUUCGCCUAUCCAAAGCCUCACUAGACCUGCCUGAGCAGCAGCUGCUGCGGCCCCCCGCAGCCUCAGGCUGUCCCUCCUUGUCUUCUCAGCGCAACUGCCUGGACACCGAGUCCAGCAGCUCAGAUGAGUUCUUCUGCCGCUGCCACCGGCCCUACUGUGAAAUCUGCUUCCAGAGCUCCUCUGCCUCCAGUGACAGUGGCACAUCAGACUCUGACCCUGAGCCUGAUGGAGGACUGGCUUCCUGGGAGAAGCUCUGGACCUGCCCCAAGCCCAUUGUGAACUUCAAAGAUGACUUGAAACCCACACUGGUGUGAAAAGCAGCAGAGCUGGUCUGACAAAGAGAUCCAUCCAGGACAAGCUGGGCCCAGCCUACAGAAGAGCCGAUCCUGGUGUUCAGGGGACAGACCAGUACUUACCAAGCUUCAGCUGCGCUCACCGUGUUACUGUGACACCUCUUGGGCUAUACAAAGAGAGGUGCUGCCUGUCUCGUUACUACCUCACAGCAUCACUGUAACGGACUCCAGUUGAGUGACUAAAAGAUAUUGACUCCUUGGCCACGAGGUGCUAAAUGAGCAUGCAGGGCCUUCUGUCCAGGUCAGCUAGCACUCUACGAAACUCUUAAUAUAUACCAGAUGGAUGGCUGGGUACACAGACCUCUGGAGAGUGGAUGGGAAACUUCUGCAGAACCUGAGUGAUAGAUUGUGACUCCCAUGCACUGACUUUUGGUAGGCAAACCUACCAGGAAGAUAAAUCUAUGUCCUUGGUGCUCCUGCUCCAGGAACAGGGUGGUCUUAUUUCUGAUGAAGGUUGUGAACAGCACUGACCAACUUCCAGCCAGACUCAGCUCAAGUCACCAUUGUUUCUCAUUCACAUCUUCCCACCAUCCCGACACCUUUCUAUUAUCCCUGACUAGUCAGGUCUCCAUGUGUUCACAGGCUACCCAGGUGUCUCUCCUGGGCCCUGAUGGUAUCCAGGCCUCUCCCAGUCCUGUGACCCAUCUCCGUGACCCCCAGUAUACAGUUUUGCACUGGGUAGAAGUGUGUGCUGAUAACCUCUAUCCAGGCAAUGGAGACCUUGUUGGUCAAGAGGUGCUUUUGGUGCCAUUGAGGUUACAUUACCACUGACAGACAUAUAAAUUUGGAAACAACGUAGAGUAAUAGGAAGGGAAAAAUGGGGAACAAAAAGGCAGGAAAGAAAACAUUUUGAACAUUAAACUUUACUCUGGCAGGAUGGUUGGCAAUAUCAAAUUUUGGCAAUCCCUUAUGACAGUCCUGUGAAGGGGUCACUCUCAGUUUUACAGGGAGGGAAGCCAAGGCUGAGAGAAGAGAGGUAACUUUCCUGACUUCCCACUGCUAGAGAGUGGCUGAUGGACUUGCACACAUUUCCUGGGACUCCAUAGGGGUGGGUGUCCCCAGGAACACAUCUCUUCACUAGUUCUUGGAGUGAUUGGUAGGGCUUGGCAGACCAGACAGUAAAGCAAGGGUGGUAUAAAAACCCUGAGAUAUCCCCACCCUCUGGUCCAGAAUAACAAAACUGGGUUCCUCGCCUCAGCAAGCAGGCCUCCACAUCCUCACUGCCACAGGGCAUGCCCACGCUCUGGAGGGAUUCUGGGAGUUAGCGAAGGGUGAAUGCCAGGAACGCAUGCACCAAAGCCGCAGGGAGCACAGCUGGGUCCACUGUGCUUACUGCUGAGCUGGUUGUCAUCCACAGGCUGCUCCCUGCCCCACUCCUGCACGUGCUUCUGCAGGUGUGCACGUGUUUGCAGGAAAGAGUUUGGGCCUAUUUAGGUAUGCUCUGAGGGGGGCAUUUGUCUCUAAAUGUCUCAGAUUUCUCACAAACUCUCUAGGACUGCUGACACUUUGUGAUUCUCCAGGCACGGGACCAGGAGGCCCUCUUGGUAAAUAGCUUCUUCUGUCAUCUCCUUUUAAAUACGAAUGUCAUAAUUUAUUCUGCAUGUGGGUUUGUAGUUUCUGCUUGUGUUGUGUGUACGUUGUCCAGGCGAUACCUUAAUAAAAGAGAAGUUAUUUCCAAGGCAAGCCUUUUUGGAAAUUGUCAUCUUGGGCUGGGGAAGAGACACCUGGAGAAGUCUGAAACAUCCGAAAGAAAUGCAGAAACCAUCGGAAUUGCUGCUGGGUUACAGUAUUCUACCCAACUUCCAUUUAUAACAGAUUCUACUGAGGUCUCCAUGUACAGCUUCCUGUCUCAGAAACACUCUCCUCAGUAGAUAGAGGAAAUGCCAAAGACCCUGGGCUCUCCCCUACCCGCUAGAGACCAGGGGCUGGGCUUCAUCUUUGCUCCCUUCUCUCCAGUGUGUCCCAGCCUGUUGUCCAUUCCUGUGGAAUCCUUCUGGACUGCUCAUUCUCUUUGUUCCUAGGCCCUUGAUCCCACCAUCCUGGCCCUUCCACAUCUCCAUCUUUUUUCUCUCUAGAAAUUCUUCCCCCACUUUGUGUACCUUGUGAAUUAUUCACCCGUCCAGAUUCAGGUGGAGCAUACAUUCUCUCUGACUGAUUAAGGAAGGAUGUUUUGGGGUCCAUCUUUUGGACUCAGCUGCAUUGGGGCUUCUGUUAUCCAUUUUACCUAGAAUGACUUGGUGACUCUUGCUAGACCUGGUUGAAAAGGUGAAGAGUCUACCCUGAAUUUUCCUUACUUACCAUGUGGUUUAAAAACUAUGAGCCACACAUCAUGUCUGCCUGCCCGAAAAUGCUGUCUUCAACUCCGAUGUCUACUCUGAGCACCACCCCCCAUCCUCACCCCUAGCCAACUCCUUUCCUGAAGAUUUUCCGUCAUGAUUUCUUAAAGGGAUGAGUGUGCCAUGAUUUGGGCAUGUGCAUGGUUGUUAUACUCUUGAAGAAAAGCAGUAAAUUCUGCAUAAAAAUCCCAGAGAGG